ACAUCUAUAAAGAAAUGCACUAUCUAAGGCAAAUAGUUAUUUGGUAUAAAUUGGAUCACUGUCCGGUUACAGGGAAACAGUUUGUAAGAUGAGUCGUCUACAGCAAGUCGGUAUCCAGCAGAUGGAGGAUCUUAAAUGUGUGUACACCCGAGACUGGCCAAAAUAUUGCAAGGAAUAUUAUUGCCUGGACAAUUUUGUGGACCUGCACAGGAAGGAUCCUCACCUGGGGGAUGUCAAAAUUUACGCUCUUCCCAAUCUUGAACUCGGACUAUUUGUGAUUGUGGAUCGCUAUCAGAUUUCUGUUGGCUUUUUGGAGUCUGAAAGAUCGGAAAGUCGUCUGAGGGAAUCCUUACUUCAAUUGGAGUUUUUUGGGGGUGAACAAUUUGCCUCCAUGCCAAAAAGAUAUUUCAAAGCUGCCAUCGAUACAAUACAUGCGAAAAACCUGAAACUAGAUAUUAACAGUGUAACGUUCUCCCUGGUUUUGAGCAAUGAAGAGGCCCUUCAGUUUCAAGUGGAACCACCAGUUGGCUUUUCCUUAAAAUCUCUGCGAGUUGAGGACGCUCAAGUAGUUGAUGACCACUGGGAAUGGAGUGAACCGGGUACCCUUUCUUUUAUCCAACGCCAAAUUAUCUGUAACACCAGUGUGGGCUUGUAUAAGGACGAUGACAAUGAACUCGUGGCCUGGUGUAUAAGGGCUCAGGAUGGUUUAUUGGCAGUUCUUCAAGUCAAAAAUACCUAUCAACGCAGAGGUUUCGGAGUUCUGAUUGUGAAAGAGUUUUCCAAACGAGAGGCUCUCCAGGGCCACGAUGUAAUCACCGAAGUUGUUCCAGAAAACAAGGCAUCGAUGAGUCUGUUCAAGAAAUUGGGCUUCAAAUUUAACGACCAGUGCCAUUGGCUUUACACAGAAGCGCCAAUUAAGGAUUGAUAAGAUUGUUUAUCUGGAUUUUCAAGCAUGUAAAUCAGAAAAAUAUAAGCGCAGAUGUGGUGAUAAAGUGCGGGGGACUCUUAAGAGCAAAUAAAUAUAUAUAAAAUAAAGAGAGAGUCUAAUGAUA